CUGCCGCCUCUAUCCGUCUCCAAACGGUCGGCUCGCGGGGAACCCAGCAGGAUGCCACGGGGGAGCGCUCCGACCCUCGCCGCCUCCUGACGUCCCGCCUCGCUCACGGCCACUCUCAUGGGCAUUUUAUCGACCCUCUUCUCUCCGCCUGGACAUUUUCGGAAGCCGCGGAAUGAAGCGCAUGAACGUGAGCAACAAAAGUGCAUCCUCGCUGUUGUGCCUGCCUCCAGCAUCACUAGUAGAGACCCCUACUUAUCCGUGGAUGCGGUGCCUCUGUGGUCCCACUAUCACGCGUCCUUGUUUUGAGGAUUUAAUGUAGGGUUGGACUUCUUGUCUUCUUUUUUUAUUUUACUCUUGUCCUUUUUCCCUUCGAGGUUUUCCAUCUCUGAAACAAAAGAUUUCAAGAUAAAGAAACUCCGGGAAAACCAGCGAGCACCUCACUUGGCAUCUGGAAUAACCUUUCUUAGCGGUUAUUCGCCUCAUCAAGCAUCUUCUCUCUCUCUGGGGUGGGGAACCCGACUGAUGCUUGCUUUUGCUCGUCUGUUCCGACUUCUGUAUCGUCUCGUUUUUGUCUGUUUUGUCCCCACAGUGGCAUGAAAAUUCAUGAAUGCGUCCAAGGACAUGUUUGCAAAUUACGCAUGCACCGUGGCGGUAUAGUAGGCUCCACGCUGGAAGUCGCCUCCCAUGUGGCCGUCGGGAGUGGGGAGCAGGCAGCCAUGCCCGCGGGAGUCCGCGAUGCGCAGGGCGGCCAUCAGCGGCAACAUCAACGCCCUGCCGCCGCACCACGUCCCCACCGGCCGCAGCGUGCGGGUCUUCAUCUGCGCCAACCCCGAUGACACUGAAGCAGAGAGGAAUGCACUAAAAGAGCACGUCUACCCCAAACUGCGUGACUUCUGCAGGGAAAACUAUGGCAUUGAAUUCCAAGUGGUGGAUCUAUACUGGGGAGUUGAUCCAGAGGAGUGGGACAAUCCAGACUUGCAGAGACUCCGAAUGAAACUUCUGGAGGAAUGCCUGAAGACUUCAGCUGGGCCAUGCUUUGUUGGUCUGGUCGGAGAAAAGUACGGCAGCAUUCGAGUGCCAGGGGAGGUGGAAUCAGCAGAGUUUGAGAUGAUCCUGGAUGCGGCUGUGGAGGCGGGGCUGGACACCCACAUUUUGGAGGAGUGGUACUGCAGGGAUGAAAACUCUGUGCCACCCGCAUACUACCUCAAACCCAAAGCCCAAAUGCUCAAGAACUACCAGAACUCUAUGGAAUCGAGCAGCGCAGCAAAGACCAAGAAUGACAAGGCCUGGAGGAAUGUGUCAGAGGAGAUCAAGAGGAUCUUCCGAACGGCUGUGCUGCUGCUCCAAGAGAAGGGAACCAUGAAGAGCACGGAUGCCAACAAAUUCCUUUGCUCUGCUUUGGAGGAUGAGUUAGACUUUGCCCUCGGGAAACAAACACCCGCCUUUCUCAGGAAAUGCGUCUGCUACAUACGCAAGAUCUCCAACUUUGACCGUUUCGCCAAGCUCCCCGACAUGACCCGCUACAUGGACACCGUGGUGAGUGCCGACCGCGUGAUGCGGAACCAGGAGGCCUAUGAGCGCCUGCUGAAAGUCCGUGACGAGUUCAUCCCCACCAUUGUGGCCGCCUCCAAUCUCCGCGUCUACUCGUCGGUUACUCACUGCGACAUGAAGCUGGGCUACUCCCAGGAGGUGGAGAGCCACUACGUGGAAGGUCUCUGCAAGCAGUUCUACGAGGACAUGGUGGACAUCAUUCAAGCCACCGUACAGCAGAACUUUGACACAGAGACCGACCCACUGUAUGAUGAGAUUCUGCAGCACCUGUCCCUGUGUAAGACCUCCGCAGCCCUCUAUAAGUACAAGUCGGAGACUUUGGAUUAUGUGCAGGAGUACCUGAUGCCGUCUAAAGGGAGCAGGAUGAGCCCUCUGGUGGUAUACGGAGGACCCUGCACCGGAAAGACACUGCUGCUCUCUGAGGUGGCCAAGCAGGCCUACACUUGGCUUCAGAAGGAGAUGGGUCCAGAAACGGAUCCAGUGGUUAUUGUUCGCUUUAUUGGCUCCACACAGCCCUCCAUGGACCUACGGACUCUCCUUCAAAGCAUUUGUGAGCAGAUUGCAAUAAACUACCGUUGCCUGAUUCACUUCUUGCCUAACAAGAUUCAGGAGAUGAGGGAACUUCUGAUUAAUCUCCUUGGGGAGUCAUCAUUCCACAGGCCACUGGUCAUUGUCCUGGAUGCCUUGGAGCAGCUUUCAGAUGCUGAUGAGGCUCGAAAGCUGUGGUGGCUCCCCGUGCAUCUGCCUCGCACUGUCCGCAUUGUUGUAUCAACGCUGCCCAACAAGCAUGGUAUCUUACAGAAGCUGCGUCAUCUCAUUCAUGAUGAGAGAUAUUAUGUGGAGUUAAUCCAGCGAGACCGAAAGGUCUGCAGCCAAAUGUUAAAACAGCAGUUGCUUGGUGUGAAGAGGAAGGUAACAUCAGGCCAACAAAUAUAUGUCAAUGAGGCACUUGCAAAGUGCACGUUGCCAAUGUUUGUCAACCUCAUCUACAGAGAAGUGGUUCACUGGAGGUCACACAAAGAUGUUGAUGAUAAAUCUCUGUGCUCAACAGUUCAUGAAAGCAUUGAGCAACUCUUCUACUCUGUGGAGAACAAGUUGGGACAGCGAUUUGUCUUCAGAGCAUUAGGAUACAUCACCAUGGCAAAAGCUGGGCUAACAGAAGUUGAAUUGGAAGACAUUCUGUCUCUUGACAACAUAGUUCUUGGAGAUGUUAUUGUACCAAGUCACCUCAAAAAUCCACUAAGGAUCUCUUAUGACCUUGUUGCGAAGCUCAAAGAGGAGCUUGAGGGCUAUCUAGUUGAGCGGCAGGUAAGAAAUGUCACAUUGAUGGUCUGGGCCAACAGGCACUUGCAUCUCAUCGCCCAGAAGCUCUAUCUCAGCAAUGAGGAGGAUGUACAUCAAAUGCAUAGCCUCCUGGCUGAGUACUUUCUCGGAGCAUGGUCAGGAGGCAGGAAGAAGAUCUUUACAUAUGAUAAUAAUCAUUUCACUUCUCUGAAUAUUUCCCAUCACAAAAAUCCUCAUCAUCAACAGUCUCAUGAAAAGACAUCCUCUGACAAAUAUUCCUACGACAGGCAGACUCCUGAACAGCCUUGGGUGUUCCAGUGCAACCUGUUGGAACCAGACAUCUUCUUUGUCAAUCACAGAAAGAUGACAGAGCUUGUGUACCAUUUGACCAGGAGUGGACGUACAGAUGACCUCAUGUUUGGUGUCAUCAUGAACUUCAGCUGGCUCUACACAAUGAUCAAGAUUGGUCAGUUUGAGAAAGCUAUAACAGACAUUGACCUUGCUUACACCUGCAGCCAGGAAAAGGAGCUAAAAUUUCUCGCCACUACCCUCCGCGGCAUUAAGGUAAAAGUACUCAAGAACCCUGCAUCGCUGUCUGCAGAACUUCAGCAAAGGCUUCUGCCAGUUGUCACCUCCCUGCCUAAGCUCAGACACCUUCUCCUGGAGUGUGACAAGGAUGGUCCCAAGUAUUGUUCUAUUGUGCCUCUCCACUCUUCAAUGGAUGUCACCUAUAGUCCAGAGAGACUUCCCCUUUGCUCCAGCUACAUACAGAUUGUAGAGAUUUUACCUACUCUAGCCCCAAACAUAGUUCUUGUAGCACUGGAAGAUGGAUCUAUAAGCACCUGGGAUGUAGAGAGCAGGCAGCUUCUAAGACAGAUUGACACUGCUAGAUCCGUUGUGCUUGGAAUCAGGCUGACCAGUGAUGAGAAAUACCUGGUGGUUGCCACAACCAAAAACACUCUGCUAAUCUAUGAUAAUCACAAGUCCUGCCUUUUAUCUGAAGUUGAAAUUAAAGGAUCAAAGCACAGUGGCGUAACUGGAGGUGUUGCUUUCAUCAAUGGUUUUACUCUUUCUACCCAUCAUGCACUGGCGUGGCUUGAGGCUAGUAAAGACAUCAGUGUCAUUGACCUUGUGUAUGGCUGGCCUCUCUACCAGUUCCAUUGCUGGUAUGAGGUAACCUGUGUCCAGUGCUCACCAGAUGGGAUGUACGCCUUCUGUGGCCAGUAUCUGAAUACUACAUCAAUCUUUCAUCUUGGAAAUGGGGAAAAGUUGUCCACCGUGACAUCAGAGUUUUCUGGAGGAUUUGUCAAGUCAAUUCUUGUACUGGACACACUAAAUCAAAUGGUCAUGAUUGACAACGAGGGGAGUCUGUCAGUGUGGAACACAAAAGAGAUAACCAAUCCAAAGCUGAUGGAGGAUUAUGAUUGCAGAGGGGAUGAAAGUGAAGUUGUGGGUAUCGAAUUAUCUGAAGAUCAGCGUUCCAUUCUCAUUUGCAAAGCCAGGAGUAUUGAGGUUCUGGACACAAAAAUAUGGAAAAUGCUGGAGAAAUUCAAAGCCAAGCGUAGUGAGCGCUUUGUUGCUGCUGUUCUCUCCAAAAACGGACAGAGCAUUGUUGCCUCAAUGGAAAAUACUUCCUCAAUUUUUGUCUGGAGAAGAGACAGUGGGCAGUGCAUGGCCAGUCUGAUUGAAAUCUCAGGGGCUAUUGUUAAACUCAUCAAAUCAGCCCACCACAACCUACUUCUCUCUGUUGCAAGCAGUGGUGUACUGUCUGUUUGGGACAUUGAUAUUAUCACUGCCAUGUCUAACAUUGAUAAAACAGGCAAGAAGAUCCAGACAUUGCAGCUGACUGGCAGAGAAGACUAUGUGUUCACCAUGGAUGGCUCAGAGGCUGUACACAAGUGGAACUUCAGCACUGGCUUUAUCGAGACGGUCUUCAAACAUGAAGGUAUGGUGGAGAACUGUGUACUAACCUCCUCAGGGGAUCUCAUGGUGACUUCAGACGACAAAUCCAGUCAAUACAUUUGGCAAACCAGCACGGGAGAAAACAUCUUUCGCAUAAAUGGACAAAGAAUCUCACAGCUGCUGAUCACCCACAAUGACCAGUUUGUGGUUUCUCUCUGUGAACAGAAUGCCUCAAGAGUCUGGAGACUAGCUACAGGGCACAAAGUUUGCAACAUUUUAGUCAGCCUCCAAAAUGCACUUAUCACUACAGCAAACACUUUCUUGGUGGGAACGUCCAAAAAUAAAUUGCUUGCUGUGAGUCUGUGGUCAGGCAGUGUAUCAAAGAAAUUUGUCUGUGAUGAUGGCAUUACCAUUGUCAACUUUAAGCUCAUUCCUGACUGUCCAGAUUGUGUGGUCUUCAUAACAUCCACAGAAACAGUUUUCAUCUGGAGUGUGGCAGAUGAGUCAGUCUGCAGAAGAGUCCAGUUGCCAGCCAACUUUCUCAAAAAUCUUGAGGACUUUCAAAUCUCGCCCAAUGGAAAGUUAGGUAUAGUCUCCAAGGGCGAUGAGAACAUUAAUGUCCUGGAUCUGCACAGUGGAAAGCUGAGGCUUGUUCAUGCAGCUGGUAUAAUCUGGCGUCAAAAAUUAUCAAGAGAUGGCCGUUACCUUGUGUAUGUUUGUUUCCGCAACUGUGAUGAGGAUGAUGAGGCUGGCGUUGUGUCUAAUUUGAUCGUGAUGCGUCUUGCUGAUGGCAAGAGUAUCGGCACAUGUUCACUUUAUAAGACCCCCACCCACUUAUCUCUAUCUCAGCGUGCACUUAACAUCAUCAUCGGCUUUGAAGAUGGCAGCAUUGGCACAUACACAGUGGUGGACCGUGUAGAUGCCGCCCUUAAGAUAAAGAUAGCCACCUCCAACAGUCGACAGAUUGUAAACAAUGCUGCACAGAAGGUGCGCCCCAAAUGCGGGAACCAUUCCUUCAAGACUGUUGCCGACUGCACUUGGAGGGAGUCGACAGAAGUAUUCUCGAGAGACAGCCCCAUCAACGUGUCAGACUCUGGAGAGGGGGAGUCGACCACACCUACAAAAAAGACUGAACUUUUGCAAUGACAUCUUAAAGGGCAAAUGCCAUUAGGACAGGAGGCAAGUCCAAAAGAUCAGAAUCUCUGGUGUUGCAGUUGAUUCUUGUUUACAGCCACGUGAUUCAGCUGCAGAUGUCAGCCCAGUGGGUAGUUAAUGGGUUGACUAUUUUAACGCUGCACUCAAACGAUGUAUUACUUCCAACACUUUGUGUUACUUUUAAACAGAAAGACUGUUAGAAAAACUUCUGUUUAAAAAAGGUACAUUCUGUAUUAGUUUACCGUUAUGUGUCCUUUUGCAUUUGAAGAACAAAAGUCAAAAUGUCUUGUUCAAACAAAUUCCAAGCCACUUCUGUAAUCUUUGUUCCUCACUGUUUGUUAGGCCCUUUUAUUGUCUUGAUUACUUCAUACACAUUAAGCCAUAAUGUUGAUCUCAAAUGAUAUUUAUGUUCUUAUUGAUAUCAGGUGGUACUGUACAAAAGGGAUGAACAAUUGUACAGAACAUCUCAUUUUGGCUGCUGCAAUUUGUGCAACUCCUUAAAAUAUUAUGUUGUGCUUAAUGCAAUCAAAGUGAGUGCCUGGAAUAAAAAAAGUGUUCAUCACGUGCAGAUUACAAAAUUUGUAGAAGUGCAGGGACUUUGUACUCAUAGUACAUACACCAUUGUAUAUUAUUUGUAAUUGAUGCAGAUUCUACUAAAUUUAAGUCAACAUCUUGAGAGAAUUACAACAUUUCUCCAAGGAUUGAUUGCUUUAUGAUUUUUGGAACUGUUUACAUAGAUUAAGCGUAGUUUUACCUGUUGUUCCAUCAGUUUGCGUGCAGGCUGUUUUUAAGGGGAACACCACUAUUGAGCAUACAGUGUAGCAUAGCACCAUGCACAUUAACGCCUUAACCUGUGUACUUGCUUUAGGUUCUGUGAAGUCUGUUCCCAAAUAGAGGGGCAAAAUGAGUUGUUUUGUUUGUUUGUUUUUUACUUGACCAAGUGAGCAUAUUUAGAGGUUUAGGUGGAUGCACUUUAGGAGUGGUUUGUAAGAAAUCUUUAGAUUUAUUCAAAAGAAAUAUAAAAGAUAAAAGAAUAUUUAGAUUUGUCUUUGAAAAUAAUGAUUGGCUCUGCUUACUGAUGUAUAUAGAUUACAGUUUACUGAGAAAUAUCUGGUUUGAAUAAGUAAUUAAAAUGGAGACAUUCAAACAAGUUUUUUGGAGAUUAAAUCCAUGUUCUAUAAUAUUAUAAAUAUCAGGAAUAAGUUGUGGUUGUAGCAAAUCAAAUGUGUAUGUGAACAUCUGAGCACAGAUUAGUACAUUUUUAAUGGAUUGCAUAGACUUUAAAUUCUUCAUUCAAAGACAAAAAAAAUCUUCACAGCUUUAUAAAAAGUGGCACAGGCUUCAUCGUUCUUGUAUAAAAUACGAAAUGGUUUUUAAUGAUAGGAUAUGUAUUUUUGUUUUAACUAAAAUCAGAUUUAUUUAUUUUUUUGUUCCUUUUUCUAGGCAUGGGCCGGUUUCUUGUUUAAGAGGGUCGUACAGGUACAAAUGUAAAAGUGCUUUAUUUUUUCAGAAAGUGAAAUGGUUAUUUUAAUUUUUUUUACAGAUUAAUUUUACAUAGAACAUGUCAAGCUUCUAUUUCUUGCAGUUUUAAUGACAGGUAAAAAAAUAAAAAUAAAAAAAUAAGUUUUGGUGAAAAUAGGAUUUUGCAUUAAAACAAAAAAAGGAUGUUUUAAGCACAAAUGUCAAACUUUUGAAACCUGUAUCCAGUCCCAUGCACCCAGUUCUUGGUUGAGUCUCCUCUUGCAUGAAUUAAUGCACCAUGGCAUAGAGGUAAUUAGCCUGUCGACACUGCCUAUGUGUAAUUUAGUGGUUGAGUAAUUAAUUCUUUUUAUUUAUUUAUGUUUUGCUGGCACUUCUUUUGGUUUACGCGAAAGACCUCAACCAAAGUACAAUAUGUUUUUUUUUUUUACUGUAGUUAAAGGUAUACACUGUAGACUACAGUCUUAUUAAAAUUUUCAAAUUUAAAGUCAAAUUUUCAUUUAUUUAUUUUUUCCAUUUUACUCUAUAACAGAAUUCAAUAUUGCUAAUUGAGAACAGGAGCAUUAAGAUAAUUGAACCAGCUUUUGGAACCUUUGGCGUUUGGGGAAGGUGCCAAGUCAUGCUGAAAAAUAAAAUCUGAUCCUUACAGUGUGUCAGCAGAGGGAAGCAUGAGCUGCUCUAGAAUUUCCUGGUAGAUGGCAGCAUUGGCUGUUGGCUUCAGAAAACAUACUGAAGCAACACUAGCAGAUGCCAUAGCACCCAUAACCAUCCCCGACUGGGCAAACUUCACAUAGGACUUUAAGCAACGUGGAUUCUGUGCCUUUCCAACCCAUCCUCCAGACUCUGGGUGCUUUAUUACCAAAGUAAUUGCAGUACUUACUUAGAUCUGAAAGCAGGAUUUAUUGUUCUGCACAUUGGCUCUUAAACCACCUGCUCAGAAUCAGUCCACUCUGAAUCUCCUCUGAAUCUUUUAAAGGAUUUCUCUUAAAAACUCUCUUAAGUCUUAGAUUCUCUCUGCUGCUAGUGUACCUUUUUC